AAUCAUUGACAAAGAACGACAGCUUUGAAAAAAAUACUCAAUCAAUACGUCGAGAGAUGAGCAAACAAAAUUUUCGGAGCAAUCGUGGAUGUGGAUUUCAUCAUCUAUACCUAUAUCGCUGCAUCGGACGAGUUUCGAAGCACGUCGCUCCGCGCGCGGUUCGCGUGGCUCUCCACUCCACUGCUUCAACGUCAGGUUCGCGACUGAUCGCAGAUCGAGAGCUGCUCAAAGUAUUGCUUAUCCUAUGACUGGAUUCAUUGCGCAGCCUGUUUGCAGACGAGCGACUAACUUAGCCACAUUACAUCGUGACAACAUGACGUCCUUUGCUAUGCCGGUUGCGGCGAAAAUUUGCCGAAUCACAGCUGAAAAUUUUUACUCUUUUGGAAGACAAUUGGUGUAUAGACAAACCACAAGAUGUUCUCCUAGCUUCUUUUCCCAAGAAAAGAACUUCAGCACCUCUGCAGAAGAAAAAAGUGAGAAUACUCCAGAACAAACUGUUGUCUCAGAAAACGAAAAAAAGUUAAAAGCAGAAAUUGAACAGUUGAGCAAGGAUGUUGCUGCACUUAAAGAAAAAAAUGAUGAACUCAAUGAUAAAUAUAAAAGAGCUUUGGCUGAUGGUGAAAAUUUGAGAGUGAGACUAACGAAACAAAUUGGUGAUGCUAAACUAUUUGGUAUCCAAGGAUUUUGUAAAGAUCUACUGGAUGUGGCCGACAUUUUGGGUAAAGCAACUGAAAGUGUUCCCAAAAAUGAAAUCACAGAAAAAAAUCCACAUCUCAAGAGUCUGUAUGAAGGUUUAAUCAUGACAGAAGCACAAUUACACAAGGUAUUCAAAAAACAUGGAUUGGAAUCUCUUAAUCCUUUGGACGAAAAGUUUGAUCCUAAUCAACAUGAAGCUCUGUUUCAACAGGAGGUUGAAGGUAAAAAACCUGGAACUGUGGUAGUUGUAUCUAAAAUUGGUUACAAACUACACGAAAGAAUAGUAAGACCUGCACUUGUUGGUGUUGCUAAAGGAUAAAGCAGAGUGAUUGUUAUUUACCUCAAACUUAGGUUAUAUUUUAUAAAAUUAGGCUUGUUGUUAUUGUGUAAAUGAAUGAAAGUUUAUUUAUCACUGAUAAAAGACAGGCAGAAAAUGAAUUGUGGGAAAUAUGUAUUUAUGUUAAAAUACAUAUGAUAGUAUGAAGUGAUGUAUGUUUUUGGCAGAAAUGCUAUUGAGUGAUGUAAAAUUACAAAAAAUUUAUUUGUUACUGAAUUUUUAAAACCAAAUCAAUUUGAAGUGUAAAAAAUUACUAAUGACAAAAUAAAUAGAAAAUUGAUUUAAAAAAAAAG